GUCUACGUAUAUAACGUCUAUGGGAGGAAGUAGGAGCCUGCUAAGAUGGUGAUCUUCAGUGUUUAUGUGGUGAACAAAGCUGGGGGGUUAAUUUACCAGUAUGACAACUACGUGCCGAGAACUGAGGUGGAGAAGACCUUCAGCCACCCUCUGGACCUGGUCCUGAAACAUCACGACGACAAGGUGGUGGUGUCGUUCGGACAGCGGGACGGCAUUAAAGUGGGACACGCUCUGCUGUCCAUCAACGGGGUGGACGUGCUCGGGAAAAACACGGCCGACGGAAAGGACAUCCUGGAGUAUCUGAAGGACCCGGCGAAUUACCCGGUGUCGAUCCGCUUCGGACGGGCUCGCCUCAGCUCCAACGAGAAGCUGAUGCUGGCGUCCAUGUUUCACUCGUUAUUUGCCAUUGGCUCACAGUUGUCUCCUGAAGUCGGCAGCUCAGGCAUCGAGAUGCUGGAAACCGAUGUGUUCAAACUCCACUGUUUUCAGACUCUCACAGGGAUAAAGUUCAUAGUGCUGGCAGACCCUCGACAGUCUGGUAUCGACACCCUGUUGAAAAAGAUUUACGAGAUCUACUCAGAUUUUGCUCUGAAGAACCCCUUCUAUUCCCUGGAAAUGCCCAUCAGGUGUGAGCUGUUCGAUCAGAAUCUGAAAAGUGCACUGGAGGUCGCAGAGAAAGCUGGAAACUUUGGAGCUGGGUCCUAAACCAGCGAGUGGAGUUAAUAGUGCCUCCUCAAAGCAUGUGGAUACAACAUGAAUCUCCAACUGGAAGGAAAUACAUUUUGUGCUUUUGUUUUGUAUCAUUAAUAUGUGAAACUUUUUUCCCCCCCUCCCUCGUUUCUAAUUAAGGCUGUAUAUACAUAUUUUGUAAAUACUUGACAAUAAAUCCUAAACACUA